UCCUUCUCAGUGAUGGCGGCUUCGUUUCGUUCUCUCCCUGCAAGCUGUAACAACAAAUGGUACUACAACCGACAACAGAUCGACAACAGCCCAUCUCGGCGAGCUGGACUUGAUCCGGACAAAGAACUGUCCUACAGACAACAGGCGGCCAACCUGCUGCAGGACAUGGGACAGCGGCUCAAUGUGUCCCAACUCACUAUAAAUACAGCCAUUGUGUACAUGCAUCGUUUCUACAUGGUCCAAUCAUUCACCAGAUUCCACAGAAAUGUUAUUUCUCCAGCUGCUCUCUUCCUGGCUGCAAAGGUUGAGGAGCAGCCGAGGAAGCUGGAACAUGUGAUCAAGGUGGCUCAUGCAUGUCUCAAUCCUCAGGAUCCUUCUCCAGAUGUACGCAGCGAUGCCUACCUGCAACAAGCCCAAGACCUGGUCAUUCUUGAGAGCAUAAUACUCCAGACCUUGGCAUUUGAAAUCACCAUUGACCAUCCACAUACUCAUGUUGUCAAGUGCACUCAGCUGGUCAGAGUUGUUCCAGCGAGUAAGGAUUUGGCUCAAACAUCAUACUUUAUGGCCACAAACAGUCUGCACUUGACCACGUUCUGCCUGCAGUACAGUCCGCCCGUCGUGGCCUGCGUGUGCAUCCACCUCGCCUGCAAAUGGUCCAACUGGGAGAUCCCCGUGUCGACAGACGGCAAACACUGGUGGCAGUACGUGGAUCCUACGGUUACCCUCGAGCUGCUGGAUGAGCUCACACACGAGUUCCUGCAGAUUUUGGAGAAAACACCCAGCAGGUUGAAACGGAUCCGCAACUGGAAGGCUGGAGGUCAGACGCCAAAAGCCAAGCCCAAAGUCCAGGAGGACGGCGACCAGAGGGACGCCAUGAUGAGCAUGAUUUCUAUGGCGUCAUCAGAGAGCACUGUGGCGGGCCUCAUGAGCCUCUCCGCUCCACCCACCACUUCUUCUUCUUCUUCCUCCGGGGGGGAGAAGGACAGAGGUGCGUCCGGCAGCGCUCAGACCUGGAGUGGGAAGGGUCAGCCGGCCGUGUCCGAGCAGCUGCAGGCGAACAACGAGAUCCACGUCCCGGCUAAGGUGUCGCUGAGCGAGUACCGCGCCAAGAACGCCGACGUCCUGGCCGCCCAGAAAAGGAAGCUGGAGAACAUGGAGGCCAGCGUGAAGAGGGACUACGCCAAUGCUGCUCAGGCUCUCAUCGGGCAGCAGCAGAGGAAGGAGAAGCAGCAUCAUCAGCAGCAGCAGCAGUCCAGCUCCUCCACCUCCGACACGUCUAACCCGUCGCCCAUUAUUUUAAAAAUCCCUCUGGACAAGGAGCGGCACGAGAGGAGUUCACUGAAAAUGCGUCUCCCCCUCGCCGGAGGAGGCAGCGGUGGGCACAGCACCGGCUCCCGAGGACAGGAGCAGGACAUCAAAGUGAGAAUACGAGUUCCCGAGAAGCAGAGGGGCAGCUCAGGAGAGGAGGGCAAGAGCAGGGACAAGCACAGAGAACGCUCCAACCACCACCACCAUCAUCAUCACCACCACCACCAUUCUUCCUCCAGCGGUGCCUCGCUCUCCUCCCACAAACACUCGUCUGGUUCCAGCGGGGCGUCCGGGAGCAACAAAAAAGUCCCGAGCGACAGGACUGGCUCCUCGUCCGCCUCGCGCAAGAGGACGCACUCCCAAGACCCCACGGCGGGCUCUCACCCUGCUGCUAAAGUCAGCAAGUCCGCUAGGAACACCUACCAGCUGCCGUCCCUGUCUUCCUCCUCUGGACAAACUCUGGGGCCCAGUGGGGACAUUCUCCCCGCACUGAGCCUCCCCCACCACCAGGGGAGCUACCCGCACUCCAAAGGCGACAAGACGGACACGAACGGGCACGGGGCCGCAGCGGGGGCUCAGUCGAACGAGUACCAGGAUACUUUUGAAAUGUUGAACUCGCUUCUGAGUGCGCAGGGGGUCCAGCCGGCCCAACCGUCCAUGUUUGACUACAGAUCCCAAUACGGGGACUUCAGGUACAGCGGCGGCUCUCGAGGGAGCAACUCCAGACCCCCGCCCCUGCCUUCAGAACCUCCUCCCCCACUGCCGCCAUUGCCCAAAUGAUUUCCCUGAGCAGGAGACGCAUUAUGAUUUUACUUGACAUCCAUCUUGUUACAUUAAGUAUUGUAAAAAUUCUCACCCAGCAUUUUUUACAGCAGAGAAAUGUACUGAUGAGUUUUUUUUUUCUUUUUCUACAGUUCACGUGAGGGGCAAUAAUGAGACGCUUCAAAAGCUCUCCAAAUGUGAUUUUUUUUUUUAAAAAGACAGAAAAGUGUACAAAAUAUUUUUCCCCCUUUUGUCAGAACUGAAAUGAAAUGUGAUGACGGGACGCGGUAUUUUCUAUCGUCACUGUUUUGAGUGGAAAUCAUCACCUUGAAAUCAUAAGGAAAGAUUGACGUCUUCUUACCGAUUGUCUUUUUUAUAAUGUUUUUAUAGUAUGUUAUUUAUUAAUUGAAUGCUUUUAACAAAAAACAUAGUCUCCUUUUCUACCUUUUUAAGGUUUCCCCCUCCCCCCAUCAAGACUGUACAGGCUGAUCUGAGAGUGCAUGUCAUGUCUCCAACGCCAUCUUUUCAAUAUUUUUCUCCUUUAUUUUUUUAUAUGCUUUUUUUUUUUUUUUUAACACCUUAACCUAAAAACAUAUAGGUGAUCCUGCCCAGCUCCAGUGUUUUAAAUAUUUUAUUUUCUGCAUUCUUUAGUAAAAUUGUAAAAAGGAAAAAAAAGAUUGUAAAAAUGUUUUAAAAACAAACAUGAAAUAUUUUUUAAAUUUUGUUAUGGGAAACUGCAAAAAAAAGAGUUGUAAAUUAAGGAAACUUGUACUAUUUUUUUUUUUUUUUUUAGAUUUUUGAGUGUUGCAGUCAUUGUUUUAAAUGGUUGUAAAAUAUUCAUAUUCAAUUCUUUAAUCAUUACACUAAUGGAUAAAGUUCAUACCAAGAAUAUAAAACUAUGGUUUAUCAGAGGGUUCAAGCAUAUCUGCUCGAUAUGGCCACAGUGAAGGAACAGCCAGUAAAAUGUGACUUUUUUAUCUCGUCGUGUGGGUGAAUCUUCUGUUCUCUCUUUCUCUCUCGCCUUUUAGAGGUGACAACAACUCAGAAAUAUGCUGAUAUAUGGAGUAUGACCAAAACUCAGUGGACGCCCAACCAGCACACCUUUCAUGGGCGUGUUGGACAUCUUUUCCUGUAAUUACAUCCAUUAAUAUGAAGUAGGCCCUCUCUCUCUCUCUGGUUAUUAUGUUAUUUAAGCCCUGUUUCCACCAAGUGGUCUUAUUCAGUUCUGUUCACAUUUAUUGGCGUUUCCACUGUCAAAAUUUGGAAAGGGUACCAAAACAACUGAUCAUUACCGUCCUACUUUUUUGGUACCCUCCUGUUGGGGUGCCACAUGUACCGAUCUGACCCUAAAGGACGGAGCUAGACACACUGCAGUCCCGUGAUUGGUCUAAAGAGUCGUCACUUCCCAUGCGACAGCAUGUUUAAGUAUCCUGUGGAUUUGGGGAGAGUAAUUUCAAGGUUGUUUUUGCGACUUUUGUGUGCGAGUUGCUCCACCCCAUUGACAACCUCGGAGAUGCAGACCUUCCUAGGAAUCAUUUAUCUUUCUUUUUUUUUUUUAUUGUGUCGUGUUCUUUUUUGUUGAAUUUAUGUGCUAUCUACACUAUGUUGCGCAGCUGCGUUAUUGAUGUGUAAGUGUACGGUUGGCUGUGGAAACGCUAGCAAGAUUUUACAUACAUUUUACUGUACCAAACUGUGCUGAACCAAACAGGACCACAUGGUGGAAAUUGGACAUCUCCGCUGGAAGGAUUAAUUUAGUUUUUAAGAAUGUUUAUUGGAUUCUUUUUGCCCAAAAGAAGAAAAAAACGCCUGGCUCCUAAUUUGUGUCAUCUUUUCUCCUUGAGGUGAUCAUUUGUGAUGCUUUGGGUUCUGUGCAGGCCAGUUGAGUUCCUACAUACCAAACUUUUCUCAUCACGUCCUCAUGGACCUCUCGUGCUCUGAACAGCGAAGGGCUAAAAUGUCUUUGUAUCCUGUAGCGUUGAGUCUGCACUUUACUCGAGCUAAGAGGCCAAAACCUUUAAAAAAAGAACCCCUGAACAGUUUCCGUCCUCAACCAAACUCUUAUGGUAGACAACGUUCAUUCUGGUACAUAAAGAUCUUCUGGCAGCUGCAACACCCUGCUCGAUCCUUCAGGCUGAGAAAGAUGACCUCGUGCAUUUUGUUUUUUAAAUCUGUGUUAAAUGAAUUUCCUCACAGUCUAACUUAAUUUAAAUACACUGAAUAGUUUUUGGAUGCAUGUGAAGUCGUGUGCAGGAGACGUUUUUUUGUGCACUUUUGGAUCCAAUCAUCAUUCUCCUUUGCCCGUGAUUCACAAAAAAAUAAUGUGCAAAGCGUUUUCUUUUGAGUUUGUCUGCAACUUGAAGGCUGAGCUGAUCACAAUAACAGCAUUUACAGACGCCUGGGGGAAGUUUUUAAGCUCCUUUCCGAGUCAGUACAUGUUUAUCUAUGGAGAUGCCAUGCUUUCUUGUUGGAUUUUUAUUGCACCUAGUAGCAAAGGGUGCGGCUGCGACUUCUCAAAACAAUAAAAAAGUAGCAGUGUCCACUGACUCUUGGUCAUGCAGGUCUGUGUCGUUUGUAUGAAUUUGUGAAAGCAAAAAAAAAAAGCCUUCUGCUGGUACUUUAUGGUGACCAUAUCGAGCAAAACAUACAACUAAGUACUCACAACACACGAUAUCAAAGAAUAACCGAACAUCUGUUUGUGUUUAGAGUCGUCUUUCAUUUGUGCAUUUCCUUCUUGGCGGUGUUUUAAAUGUGUUUAACCUCUUUGUGCAACCUGUCCUUUCAUGCUGGUCUGAGAUUUAAUCAUGUUUUAUUAUGUCUCUUGACUCCAUAACCUUCAGGCUACAUUGUCAGAUUUGUUGUUCCUAAGCCAUCAACAAGCCAUGAUUAAUCAAAAGUUGUUUGUACGUGUUUUUAUGUUGUGUAAAAUCACACGCAGCGAGCCGGCUUCUGACAUACCUCCACUACAUGGUCAUAAGAUGAAGUGAAACACAGUCUGAAUAGUUCCUCUUUUAAUGAUGGAUUUGUAUUUGAGCAACAACAAAAAAAAAGUGGAAUUGGGGCCUUUGUUCGAAAGGGAAUCGGAUCUCAUCUGUACAUUGAAUUCAUACUGAGCUUUAUAUGGUUUUGAUUGUAUAGUAUUACUGCUCUUUAUCUGCUUUCUUUUAUGCUUCUAAUCUAAAACUUGUGUGUUUAGGGCAGUUCACAGUAAUGCAGUACAACAAACCAGCCAUACAAUUGUAAAAUAUGUGUUCCCUUGAUUAUAUAUGGAAGAUAAGCUGAAAGAGUCCGGCUCUUUGCUCAGGCAGCAGAGGUUUUAUUACUUGCUCAACUCUUGGUUGUGACAGGGAAACGGUAAAUGCACUGAAUAUUUAUCUCUGUAGCUUUGCCUACAAUGCAAUUGACAAAGUGUUAAAUGUAUACUGGUUAGACUAUUAGAAUAGAUGUCCAAUAUAUCAUUAUACCUUAGGAAAUUGUUUUUAUUUGAUCUGGACAAAAAUCUUCCGAUUUAAAGUAUUAACGCUAUGCUGUGAGAGGAAAAGGACACACAUUUCAAAACAAACCCAUAUGUGAGGAGAAAAUACAAUUUGAAGACACUCAUGCAACCUUACAAUGCAAAAUCACAUACCUAUAAUAAGUUGUGUUUUUUUCAUGUCUUGGUGUUUUUAGUGACACUCAGGUCUGGAAAUGAAACGUUUUGGGAUUUUUUUUGUUUUCUGUUUAAAGGUUAUAUGUGAACACUGUUCUUUUUGAUAUAAUGUGGUUGCUUUAUUCUCAAUUAAAAGUCAAUAAAUAUUUUAAGAAAA